UUUGAGUGUGAUGUCGCCAUCCCCAUCAAGUGUCUUCCCCUCCACUGGUAUGACGUCAUCACCCUCUGCCCUUAUUUCACCUGCUCUUACAUCAUCAUCCUCCGCCCUCAUGUCCCGUGGUGUUACUUCAUCACCCAGCGCCCUGGCAUCCAGUGUGACAUCAUCAUCCACUGUCCGUUUGUCCACUGGUAUGAUGACAUCAUCCUCCGCACUCAUGUCCCGUGGUGUUACAUCAUCAUUAAUCGCCCUGGCAUCGAGUGUGACAUCAUCAUUCCCCUCCCAUCUCUCAGAGGAAGUGAGUGUGACUUCUGUUCUUGUUACAGAGACAGCGAUGGAGGAGUUAACCAUGGGAACAUCCAUAGAGACAGGGGUUAAUUUCCCCAAAGACAACGAGACCAGUUUAUCCCAAACAGGGAACCUCACCUUCGCCGACAGGCCUGCACUUACAACAUCACAGGUGUCACCUUUGACCUCUCGAGAAGACACAACGACUGCAUCCCUCCAGCUCACAACUGUGACAACCACAACCAUAGCUUCAACCACAACCACUGCACGUCCUGCAACCACAACUACAACACAGCCAAUCACAGAGACCCCAACCACAACAACAACACGCAGAACUACAACCACUACCACCACUACUGCUCCAGCCUCCAGGCGGACACUGUCACCUCCAAUCCCAAAGACGAAACCCAGAGGGACUACAACCAGCCUCCUCACCCCCUUCCCCUUCACCACCACCAUGGAGGCUCCACCCCGACAGUGUAACGUCACAGAGAAGAUCUGGGUUAAAACAAGUAAGAGCCACUUACAGUAUUUUAACAACUCAAGGAAAAAGAAUGCCAUUAACUUUUUCUCAACAGGUUGCUAUUGCCAUUGUAGGUAGUAGUUGGGGUUAUGGUUGUAAUUACAGAGAUAUAUAGUUGACUAUAUAGUUCUAUUUUCCAAAUAAAAUAUGCCCUCCCUCUCUCUUCUCCCCCCCCCUCCUCCUCCUCUCCCUCUCUCUCUCUCUCUCUCUCCUCUCUCUCUCUCUCUCUCUCUCUCUCUCUCUCUCUCUCUCUCUCUCCCCCCACUCUCUCUCUCUCUCUCCCACCCACUCUCUCUCCCCCUCCCAUCUUUUUCUCUCUACAGUUCUGACCAUCCAUGUGAGAAGGAACCGCCUGGACAGCAUCCAGAGACAGAACCUGCGUAGAGGGCUGACCCAGGCUCUGAGGAGAGCUCUGAACGACACCACUGCCCAGGCUCAG